AUGUCUGACUGGGAAUGUGAUGACAAUGAAGACGGCAUCGAUACUCAGAAACCUGCUCCAAAAGCAGCACCGACUGAGUGGAAAUUGCCAGGUGAUGACCGUCAAAGGGAACGUGUAUUUUUCGGUUUAAGACGCAGAGCCCCGAGGGGGUGCAGCGAUGACUGCAUCGACGAGGGGUCCGAGUUCAACCGCCGGAGGAGUGGAGCCGAAGGCCGCCCGGUUCUCCAGAGUACGGCGCGACGGACGUUUGGCGAUGUAAAGUCGGACUCUUCCCCGCCUGUGACAUUUACCGUGAAAAACGCUUCAGUUGGGAGGGUAAUAGGUCGCGGAGGAGCAAAAAUCCGCGAACUUGAAGAGCUCACAGGCGCAAGAAUCAAGAUAAACAAGGGGGACUAUGAAGGUGAGGUGGUCAUUUUUGGGUCCUCUGCUGCCCAGCACAAGGCCAAGGAGAUGAUUGAAGACCUGGUGGGAGAUGGCAGCUCUCGAUUUCACAAUGUUCUUCGUAAGGGUGGAGACUAUGGAAGAGGAGAGGACAGAGGAGACUACAGUGGAGGAGUUGAUGGAGGAAUAAGGAAUGACUCUGUCUGGUCAGCUACAGAAUUAGAGGCAGCAAAUGCUGCUCCGGCACGUGUAUCCAUAAACUGGAACACCAUUCGGGAGAACAAGGAAAAGUAUGAGGAGCUGAAGUGGAAGGACCUCCCACCCAUGAAGAAGAAGUUUUACACUGAGGCAGAGAGUGUGUCCAAGCUGACAGCGGAGGAGGUCAGUGAAUGGAGGAAGGAGAAUAACAAUAUCUUUGUGGAUGACCUGAAGGACGAGGGGGAGAAGCGGCCCUUUCCCAAUCCCUGCCGCACCUUUCUAGAGGCCUUUGAGCUCUAUCCAGAGGUCAUGGAAAAUAUUGAGCAAGUUGGCUUUGUGAGACCAACCCCCAUCCAGUCUCAGGCUUGGCCAGUGUUGCUCAGCGGGGAGGAUCUGAUAGCCAUCGCUCAGACAGGAACAGGGAAAACCCUGGCCUACCUGCUGCCAGGGUUCAUCCACAUGGAUGGACAACCUGUACCCAGAUGUGGGCGGGGUGGGCCAGGCAUGUUGGUGCUGACUCCCACCAGAGAGCUGGCCCUGCAGAUUGAAACAGAGUGCAAAAAGUACCGCUAUAAGAGCUACAAAAGUAUCUGUAUCUAUGGCGGAGGGGAUAGAAGGGGCCAGAUCAAUCUGGUGAAGGAUGGAGUGGACAUAGUGAUCGCUACACCAGGCCGACUAAAUGAUCUACAGAUGAAUGAACUCAUCAGUCUGCGCUCCAUCACCUACUUGGUGCUGGACGAAGCUGACCGCAUGCUAGAUAUGGGCUUUGAACCCCAGAUCAUGAAGAUUCUUCUGGACAUCCGCCCAGACCGACAGACUGUCAUGACCAGUGCCACCUGGCCCACCGGUGUGAGACGAUUGGCCAAAUCCUACCUGAAGAAUCCUAUGAUGGUUUAUGUGGGCACUCUGGACUUGGCUGCAGUGAACACAGUGCAACAAACAGUGCUGAUCGUCCAUGAAGAUGAGAAAAAGUCGUAUGUGUUUGACUUCAUCAGAAACAUGCUGCCCCAGGAUAAAGUCCUCAUCUUUGUUGGCAAGAAGCUUGUGGCUGACGACCUGUCCAGUGACAUGUGUCUGCACGGUGUGGCUGUGCAAAGUCUCCAUGGUGACCGUGAGCAGUAUGACCGUGAAGAAGCUCUCAAGGACUUUAAAGAGAGUCGAGUUCGUGUCCUGGUCGCCACAGACUUGGCAUCUCGAGGGUUGGACGUCCAUGACAUAACACAUGUCUUUAACUAUGACUUCCCACGCAACAUAGAGGAGUAUGUCCAUCGCGUGGGCCGGACUGGCCGAGCAGGGCGUUCAGGUGCUGCUGUUACCCUGGUAACAAGAGAAAACUGGAGGAUGGCCCCUGAGCUGAUUCCCAUCCUGGAGCGAGCAGGACAGGAGGUCCCUGAGGACCUGGUGCUCAUGGCAGACAGAUACGAGAAACACAAAAGGGAGAAGGAGAUGUGCGAUCCAAGAGGAGGACAGGGACGAACCGGGGGAGGAGGAUGGGGGAGGAGAGACAGUGGAGGAAGAGGAGGCAGGGAUCGAGGCCAAAACUGGGGAUUCUAA